GCUGCCUAGGCGGGUGGCAGGUUGCGGGCUGGUGGUAUCGGGACUAAAGGAGAACUGCGAGCGUGUUGGGCAUUUCGCGUCGGGAUACCCGCGAGGAUGAGUGCUGCCAGGGAGUCUCACCCGCACGGGGUGAAGCGUUCCGCCUCCCCAGACGACGAUCUUGGAUCUAGCAAUUGGGAGGCUGCAGACUUGGGCAAUGAAGAGAGAAAACAAAAGUUCUUGAGACUUAUGGGUGCAGGAAAGAAAGAACACACUGGUCGUCUCGUCAUAGGAGACCACAAAUCAACAUCUCACUUCCGAACAGGGGAAGAAGAUAAGAGAAUUAACGAAGAACUGGAGUCUCAGUACCAGCAGAGCAUGGACAGUAAACUCUCGGGGAGGUACCGGCGGCACUGCGGACUGGGCUUCAGCGAGGUAGAAGAUCAUGAUGGAGAAGGCGACGUGGCUGGAGACGGUGACGAUGGUGAUGAGUCACCUGACCCUGAGAGUCCCGACGACUCUGACAGUGACUCGGAGUCAGAGAAAGAAUCUGCUGAGGAACUCCCAGCGACUGAGCGCCCCGAUGACGUGCAAGAUCCGAAAAACAAAAAAGACGCAAAAAGCAACUACAAAAUGAUGUUUGUCAAGUCCAGUGGUUCCUAACUCCCAACCCCUGUCUUUGUAUUAAAAGUAAGCCUUAUUGUUACAAUGCACAGUGGAGGACUGCUUAUAGAGCACAGACCUUUGUAUUAUAAUUUUUAAAAAGACCCUUUUAAAUAACUACAGAGUGUUGGCUUUCUAAUGCCAUGGGUUACACUUUAUGGCAUGACUAUAACCAUUUUGUAAAAGGAAGAGCUACAUAAAAGAAGAGAGAAAUGCAGUACUCAGCUUCUCACUUUAGCCCUCGACCCUGGCCUCAGCUUGCUGCCCUUCAGGAGCGCUACGGGGGAGACACUGAAGUUAGUUGGGGUAGCUAUUUCAUCUUUUUGUAUUCCUUAUUUUUCUCAUGAAAAUCUGAUACUGUGACAUGUUCAUGAAAAGUACUCCCUCAGUUAUCUUUUGUUAAAGUGGAAGUGUUCAUCACGAGCACUUCUGCUGCCAGUCACAGCCUGACGCACUGCUGGCAAAGGUCGGGUGCUUAGUGCACUCUCGCUGACUCAGCUCUUC